AUGAUCUUACCCAGGGUGAGUCAUCAAGUGACCAAUUGUCCUUCAGUUUUAACUUUUUUUACGUCAGACGAGUACGAUGAACGGUCAGAGUCUGUUAACGAUAGUUUCCAAAAGAACGCUGUGGCCAUUAAUAAUAAACCAACGUCGUCGUUAACAUUAUCGAAGAUUCUCGCAUCACCGCAUGUAAAUUCGUGUUUACAAGAGAAGACGGUAGCCAAAGCCAAAUCGCCGAAGAUCGGUGUUUCGCGAAACACUACUACUGCGUUACCAAAGAAGGUAGUGAAAAGUAACGAAUUGCCGAAGAUUAAUGUAGGUGAAAUGUGUGUAGGUGAAAUGAUUAUGUGGUGAAAUCGAACUCCUCGUCCGUCAGUACGAAACUCUUAGCUCAGACGACGGCUACCGACAUUCGUGGUGAUUCUUUGGCAAACAAACGUGGCGUGCUCACCCGAGGUACCGCGUACAACAGUCGGUCGUCGUCGGCACGUCGAACUGAAACUGUUAACAGCCCACAGAUGUACAUUAAACUUCUCGCCAACAACAGUGGCGCACCAACGUGUGCGAAGCAUGUUUUUAUUGUUCUUUUAUUUCCCGUUGAAACUAUUUGCCAAAUAAAUACCGUAUUCAACAUUCGGUACGAUUCCAUACGGAUUUAUUGUCCGAAAUAUCGGCGCGUUUCACUAUCCGUCCGUUUUCUGUAGUCGCCGUCCGCGGAAUUCGACGAGCAGCCGGCGUACGACCAGUGGUCGGCCCCGUGUGGUUACGUGGAGCACGACUACGGGAUAUCGGCGGCCUCGUUCGGAUCAGACACCAACAGUCUGCAAAGAGCCGGGUCGCAUCACUGCGUAACCCAGUGGGACAGCGUAGAGAGGUCAACGGGACGGACGGCUAUUUUGACGCGGCGUCGUCCAACGUGCCCCGGCGGUCGCGCCGCGGCGACGGUGACGCCGCGAACGUAACGCCAAGCCGCAAACCGUUCGGGCGUUUCCGGUCGGGCCGUGACGCAGAAAAGCACGCCGCGGGGAAAUCCGCGGUCGGAAAACCGCCGAAUUCCCGUGGUUGGCUUCCGACGACGCUUCCAAGUUUGCGCCGGCCAAACAGUCCAAAAUCAAAACGAUGAACCAGGUCAUAAACGUUUACCUCACGCCGCUCGGCGGAAGUCCCAAAACGCCCGUCCGGAAAGCGUGCUCUUCGGUCGGCACCUUCUGAUUUUUAAAUCCAUAUUAGCGGCUCCCUUCGGAAUAAUGAUAAUGAUAAAAAUAAUAAACUAAAUAAAUUCACUGUAUUACUCUACUAUAUUUACCGGUAUCCUAGGAACCGCCAAUAUAGACUAUCGUUAUCAGUCAUCAUAUUGGUUUGACACCUCUCAACUCUAAAUUCACUUCUAUGUGGUUUUCUAUGCAAUUUUGAGCAAAGCCGGUUAAAUUCUAUUAAUCAAUCACUAACCAGCGAUUUGCUCGAAAGAUUUUCAAUGAACUCGAUAUCUGACUUUUUUUCUUUUAAGUAUAUAAUCAUGAAAUCGUUACGCCGUAAAUAUUUGUUCGUUUAUCCCUACGUUUCCCCUAUGCGUUUUCUCGAUUUUUUCCAAUAAUUAUGAAAACCUACUUGGAAAAUCAAAAAAUUAAAAAGUGGAUUUUCGGAUUUUCGGAUAAUUCGGUUUUAUAUCACAUCACCACUAUGCAUGGCGGGUCGGGUUAAUGCGUAUAUGUAAUUGAACUUCUAUAAUAUAAUCCAUGGAUAUAAUACUUUUAAUAUAAUUCAAUCCAGUUGGAAUGUCGUCAAUAGGUAAAAAAGCUGGAGCGGCAAUUUGUCUAUAAAAUAAACUGACAUUUUCAUUCUCCUUACAUAAAUUUCCUAGGCCAAGAGAUAGUAUUUCCCUAUAGGUACUUCGCGUUAAAUGAAAAGAAAAACAACCUUUUAUAUUUACAUGUUCACCUAAUAUACAUGCGAUUGCAUUUAUAGCUGUCUUUUCGAAGUCAACAUGAAAAGUAACAUAUUAUUAGAGUCUGGGAUACAAAUUUUGAUUAUAGCAUGCAUUAUAAGUACCUCAUGAGUGUAACAUAUGUUCAUAAGUAGAUUAACUAGUAAUAUGACUUAUUAUAUUAUAAUAUACUUUAUAUAUUUACAGUAAGUACUGAAGGAUUUCAAACCGUUGAUGACUCGAUAGGAGUGGAAGAUACAUCAGACAGAGAACGACGAAGAGGCGUGUGGCAGGCAGCGACCCUUAAUGGGCCGUAA